AUGGGAAACACCGGCCCGGAACUCAUGGACUCCUUGCCCCCAACCAUCACAAUCCACUGGGGUGGUAUAGCCCAUCUCAUCACCUCGCCUACGCUGAAUCUUCUUGAAAGCAAUGGAAUACCAUCAGAAGAGGAGGUAACGCUCAUUCGCGAAGCAAUCCGCCGCGCACAAGAAGAGCUCGAUAACCUCCAACGGGAGGGAGCUCGCCGGGCGAUGCAGCUGCUUUUCCCGUCAGGGUUCCCAGAUAUCCAGCUUUUGAUUGAUAACCAGAGGUACAAGGGAUACAUGUCUCCCUUGUCUAUGGUAGAAUCGGACAUGCGCAUCAUAUUGAACGCAUUCAUAGACCAACACCGAACUCUCGUUUCCCCAAUCCGUCGCUUCCCGCCCGAACUCCUCAUCGAGAUCUUCUCCUGGGUUGUAGGUGAAUCUCCUUUCCCUACCAAACACUCGGCUGCUUAUCCACACGAACUGGUGAGCUACAUGCCUCGUCAUUCUCUCGCUUUUUCCCAAACCUGCGUUUACUGGAGACAAGUCGCGCUAUCUGCGCCUGAGCUCUGGACGUCUAUCCCCUUCCUCAGUUGGAUCUACCCCAGCGACUCGCCAAACGCAAAUUCUCAAGGCUGCGUGUAUUUCGUCAAGCUCUUUCUUGAGCGAUCGAAGGAGCUCCCCAUCCACGUCAGGGUAUGGUUGCCGUACUCUUUCCUGCACGACGGCAACAUCGCCAACGCCUCUUCCUUCGAGCCUCUUCGCUCCGUUCUUGCUCACGCCCGCCGGUGGAUCACCGCCAUGGUCUAUGUCAGCCCCGCUAUCUACGAGUCGCUUCCUACGCUCGAUUUUUCCCUCUUACACGCCCUCAACCUGCGGGUCGUCCUGCCCACCGGACCUGGUCGUAUCCGCGAAGGCGAUUAUCGGGGCCACAACACGGUCUUCCGGUCAACACCCCGACUUCGGAAGCUUAUCCUGGACAGCAAACCACUUUUCCCUGAGCUGCAGGACCUCCUGCUCCCUGUAACGAGCUUUGUGGGAUUACCAGUGUGCGUGGUGCACCUUGGUGCAUCUCCCGACCUGGUCAAGUGCGAGUUUCGUGGCCCAGCGGGGGUGCUGUCCAUACAUGACCCUCCACGUGCGAUUAGGCAUGUGAGGAUCAAGAGCUUCAGGCUGGUGAACACGAACUGCACGCUACCACUCGGUGGUGAGAUUACUACAACAUUCUUUCGCUGGAUCCGGAUGCCGAACUUGGAGGUGCUCAACAUCGUGGGCCCUGGGACGAUCAAGGCGACACCGGUGGUCGUGGAGCUCUUGGUUAUGACACUCUCAAGGCCCUCUCGGCUUCGCUCGUUCACGUUCCACGUCCGUGAUUUGAAAAGAGUGGAACUACAUUUCUUGCUUGAGGUGAUGCCCCUCCUGGAAGUUCUGGACAUUUGGGAUAUACCAUCAGUCUGUCUUCGACGGCUCGUUCUAGAAACGGCGGAGGAUGGCAAUAAGGUCGUCCCGAAAUUCACACCUCGCCUGCAUUCCCUCACCAUCCGCGAGUUCUCGGAUCCCGACUUCAAGAUACCGGAGAAAAUUUAUGACUCUCGUCGGCUCUUUGUCAACAAUCCCUCUUCCAGUGAGCCGCCCCCAACCCCAGUCGACCACGACCUCACAAUAUUCCUCUCCUACCGCCGCACUUGUGAAUGCGCCAGAUACCAAAACAUUAUAGAAAGCUGGCAAGAAGUUGAACCUGGGAAGCACGCCAAGGGGUCCGAGUGUACGAUGCUCCUCGGGUGGGCUAGCUACCUCAUCAAAAAUUUCCUUGGCUUUGACCAUUGGAGGCUUGAUUGCUCACUAGAGAAGUUCGACUUCACUGGCAAUGGCAGAGUACCGGCACCCAUUAUCAACGGUUCUUGGGAUGCCGAGAAAUGCGAUAAACUGCUCCGUGUUGUGGAAGAGUACAAAGUGAAGGACGGGAGGCUCCUUGAGGUGAUUAAAUGUCUCCCUCACGAAGUGGCCUACUCCUAA